GGUUCAUCCUUCAAUCAAAAAUUUGGUUGGUUCAAGCUGUCCACUUGUCCUCUGUCUGUAAUGGUCACAGGUUAUGAUCCAGUAGCAUCUCUUACACUGCCUUGGAGAAACUAGAUGGUACGGGAACAGUAUAUAACAACUACGCCAGGUACUAACCUAGAAAGACCAGAAACUCAAUAUAUCUACAAUGUUGGCAUUUAUGGCUGGAGAAAGCGUUGCCUUUAUCUAUUUGUCCUCCUCCUGAUCAUAAUCCUAGUAGUGAACUUUGCUCUGAUGAUUUGGAUUCUUAAAGUGAUGUGGUUUUCUCCAAUUGGAAUGGGAUACCUAUAUGUUGAAAGUGAAGGAGUUCGUCUAGAGGGAGAGUCAGAAUUUUUAUAUCCUUUGUAUGCCAAAGAAGUUCACUCUAGAAAGGACUCGUCACUGCUUUUACAAUCUACUCAUAACGUUACUCUAAAUGCGCGCAAUUCUGAUGGCAAUGUCACAGGCAGAUUAAGUGUAGGUCCUGACAUGGUAGAAGUCCAUGGUCAGCAAUUUCAGAUCAACUCCAUGAAUUUGGAUGGAAAGACUCUUUUUACCGUGAAUGAAAGUGAAGUUGCCAUCGGUACAGAUAAACUUCGAGUCACAGGGCCAGAAGGGGCUCUUUGUGAACAUUCUGUGGAAACACCACUUGUCAGAGCAGAAGAUUUUAAUAGAGAGCUUAGGCUAGAAUCUCCAACUCGGUCUCUCAGCAUGGAUGCUCCACGAGGGAUUCAUAUUAAAACACAAACUGGGAAUAUUGAGGGUCUGUCUAACCUGGAUAUCAAGUUUCAUAGUACUGAUGGCAUGCUUAUACUUGAUGCUCAGACUGUGCGACUGCCCCAGUUGCCUGAAGGAACAAACGACGAAGAACCUGGCAGCUCUCAAGAACUCUAUGAGGUCUGUGUUUGCCCAGAUGGGAAGCUUUACUUGUCAGUCGCUGACGUUGAUUCUACUUGUCAAGAAUAUAGUCGCGUCUGUCAAUAAACAACUACAUAUACUGCACAUUUUCUGACCAUCUUUG